AAUGAGGUCUUAAUGAAAUUCAGGAUAAUCUACGUAACGGCGCAUCAUCAUCUUCCUUCUUCAAAACAGCGGAUCGGUCGCUGAAGGAGAGUCAUGGCCGCACAGAAGAUCAACGAGGCGCACGAGCACAUCGCCAAAGCGGAGAAAUGUUUAAAGACCAGCAUGACCAAAUGGAAGCCAGACUAUGAUGGAGCUGCUUCAGAGAUGGCAAAAGCAGCUGUGGCUUUCAAAAAUGCAAAGCAAUUUGAGCAAGCGAAGGACGCGUAUCUGAAGGAGGCUGAAUAUCACACAGAAAACAAAGCACUGUUCAACGCAGCAAAGGCAUAUGAACAAGCAGGCAUGAUGUUAAAGGAUAUGAAGAAAAUGCCUGAAGCCAUUCAGUUAAUAGAGAAGGCCAGCAUCAUGUAUGUGGAGAACGGGACCUCUGGAACUGCUGGAAUAGCUUUGGACAGAGCUGGGAAACUGAUUGAGCCGAUUGAUCUAGAGAAAGCUGUGGAUUUGUACCAGAAAGCAGCAUCUGUGUUUGAGAAUGAAGAUCGCCUCAGACAGGCGGCAGAACUUCUGGGUAAAGCUUCCAGACUGCUUGUACGACUGCACAGGUUGGAUGAAGCGGCUGUUUCCCUUCAGAAAGAAAAGAACAUGUACAAGGAAAUUGAGAACUACCCCACCUGCUUUAAGAAAACUAUCGCACAGGUGCUUGUCCAUCUCCACAGAGGUGAUUUUGUGGCUGCAGACAAGUGUGUGAGAGAAAGUUACAGUCUCCCAGGGUUCAGUGGCAGCGAGGACUGCAUUUCUAUGGAGACGUUACUGGCAGCGUAUGACGAGCAGGAUGAAGAUGAUCUGGCUCGUGUGUGUAACUCGCCUUUACUUAAGUACAUGGACAAUGAUUAUGCCAAGUUGGCCAUCUCUCUGAAGGUGCCAGGCGGGGGAGGUGGAAAAAAGAAGAAAACUCCAGUUGCUCCACAAGGGGGCAGCGGAGCGCCACUACCAGCUGAAGAACACGAUGAUUAUGAGGGAGGUUUGUGUUAGCUGACAGAACGAUUCACCUCCUGAGGUGUGUGUGUGUUAAUGAGUAUAUACCGUAAGUGUUUCCACCCUUUGUGAAAAGUGUCAGUCCUGGUUUUGAGGAAUUCUUUUGCUACGUGACCCGGCUGUGGGAGUGACAAUAUAAAGCUUUAAAGUCAACAUGAAAUGAAAAUUGAAAAAAAUUGAAAAUUCUCUCAUCAUUUACUCACCCUCGUGAUAUCCCAAGCAGAAGAAAAAUAGAAAAGUAUCUUCGCUCAGUAGGUCCUUUAAAUGCAAGUGGAUGGUGAUGCUUUUGAUGCGAAAAAAAGAUCAAUAUAUAAGUACUGUUUUAACUCUUUUGUUUAACUAGCUUCCAGUCGGCAGCGCCAUGUGCAUGGAACAUAAUCGCGUUGGCAUGUGAGACACGCAAGAACUGAGGUACAUUAGACACACAUGAAAAAGCAGCACUGUUUACAAGUGAGAAGGAGGAAUGCUGUAUUGAAGCUUCGUUGGUUUUGGUUUAGAUCUGUAUUUAUCUGUUUCUUUACUCACAAUGGUACGUUUGUAUGGGAUCAAAAUCCCGUCAAACGUAUUGCGGUCACGGAUCCAAAAAUAAUACGCUUGAAUCAAAAAAUAAUAAGUUCAGAUAAAAAAAUAAUAAGCGCAAAAAUAAAUAAAAAGCGCAGAUAAAAAAAUAACAAGCAUGAAUCAAAAAUAUAUAAACACAUUUAAAAUGUGCUGCAAAAAAACCAACAAAAAAAUUCAAGCAAAGUCAUUAGAAUUGCAAACAAAAUCAUGUUUCCCUUUUAUAUUAUAUUUUAGGUUAUAUUACUGUUUUUUCUUUGCAUCCCCACUGGUCCACUAGUUCUUGACCGACAGCUCCUCCUCUAGUCAAUC